AGUGUAGCCCCAUCAGUGCCACCUGUCACUGCCUUUCAGUGCCAACUAUCAGUGCCAGUCAGUGUCGUCUAUCAGUGCCAGUCAGUGCCUCCUAUCAGUGCAGCCAAUCAGCGCCACCUAUCAGUGUGCAUCAGUGCCCGUCAGCGCCACCUAUCAGUGCCACCUAACAGUGCCAGUCAGUGCUGCCUAUCAGUGCCAGUCAGUGCCGCCUAUCAGUGCCGCCUAUCAGUACCACCUAUCAAUGCCAUAUAUGAGUGCUGCCUUUCAGUGCCCAUCAGUGAU